AAUUUAUUGAAAUAGGUUUGUCGAGUCGCAAAGAGAUCCCAAAACGGAUCCAGUGAUAUUCUGGUUUAACGGUGGGCCAAGCUGCUCAUCCGCCUACGGGCUGCUGCAUGAAAUGGGACCAAUUAUGUUGGACAAAACUAAAAGAACUUUGUAUGUCAAUAAUUAUACAUGGAGCCAGAAAUACAGUUAUUCUAUGGAUGUUUAGCU